CAUAUUCGGAGUCCCGGACACUCUCAGGUUUAGCACUCGGUCCUUCCAUUUGCUCGGUGUAAGAUGACGGAUAUCGUCGAAAAGCCUACUCUGCGUCAUUACGAGACGUCGAGCAUCUUCCAUGCGACUCAAGUUAACGAGGUCUCUGCCGUAGGCGUUGUUGACUUCGCUGACUGCGAUCGAUGCACUCGGCACCCCAAUCGAUGGUCAGGAAUCAGGGAGCACAUCAGUGCACCUGCAGCCGAGUUCAUGGGUGCCUUCAUCCUAUGUCUGCUUGGAUGUGGUGGCAAUUGCCAGGCGACUCUUUCCGUCAACACAAGUGUGUCUGCCAGCCCGAAGGGGGACGCUCUCACGUCUAACAUAUGCUGGGCCCUUGGACUCUCUCUUGGUGUAUGGAUGUCUGCAAACUACUCAGGCGGCCAUUUGAACCCUGCAGUAACCAUAGCGUUUGCUAGCGUCCGCGGGUUCCCCUGGAAGAAAGUUCCCAUCUACCUCCUUGCACAACUUCUGGGAGCCUUGUGUGGAUCAGGUGUAGUCUACGCCACUUACUACCAUGCAAUCAACAUCGUCGAAGGGGGUUCCAAUAUUCGUACAAUUUCAGCAACUGGUAAGCUGUUUGGGACCUACGCAGCCGAUUACCUCCCUUCAGUCUCUGCCUUCUUCGCUGAAUUUAUAGGGUCUGCUAUACUCAUCACUGGAAUUUUCAUGGCCACGGAUAAAAGGAAUGGCCCUGCGCCUCCCGGUGUUUUUCCUGUUGCAUUAUUUUUUAUACUCCUUGCCAUCGGUUCAUCUCUUGGCAUGGAUACUGGAGCCGCCCUUAAUCCCGCUCGCGACCUGGGUCCCCGUAUCCUCACCGCCAUGGUUGGAUAUGGUCGCGAGGUCUUCAAUUUCAGGAAUCAGUAUUGGCUCUGGUGCCCUAUCCUCGGCCCGAUUUUAGGCAUGGUCGUGGCUGCAUUUUUCUAUGAUGCCAUGCUGUACAGGGGCCCCGACAGUAUUUUGAAUAAGCCGACGGAGGAGGCUGAAAGGCACCACUUGCACUCAUGCGCUCAACGAACCAACAAGCUUUGUGGGGUUUCAGACUGUGUUUGAUGACGUCGAUGACCGAAUGAUGCUCCAAGUGGGCUGUACUUGUUCACCGAACUUUCGGUGACUUUCAUAUUAUACUCUAUCACUGCAUGUUUUGUAUAAUGUCGGACAAUGCAUGCUCUUGUCAGUG